UUUCUUGUAAGCUAGGGUUUUCGAAAAGCCCUAAAUCCUUGAAAUUGGGCGGGAUGACGACUGCCGCUAUCCAAUUCUCUGAGCUCUCCUCCAUUAUCAUGGUCUCCUUCACCUUUAAAUUGCAACUUACAAAUCUAGGGCUCAGAUUCAAUCAGCUCUCAGCUCAGCGCUAUGCCUUCAUUUCCCCCCAAAAAAAUUUAUUUUAUCAGAAUUUUCUCUUACUUAUGGUUAAAAUAUAUUGCAAUACAUAAAUUUUGUCGGUGCAUUUAUUUGGUUACUUGAUUUAUGAAAAUAUGUAAACAAAAUAGAAUUUUUUUUUUGCUAAUGUAUAAAAAUUGGGGGGAAAAAAUACGGGUUUAUUCGUAAUACUCUUGUUUGAACCUCAACAUUGUUAUAUUCUUCCCGCUCUCUCAUAUUCAAGAAAAGAGCUCAUCUCUCUGGUCAAGAGCAAGAACCCCCAUUUCUUCUAAUUGUCAGAGCUUGCUCUCUUGAAUUGGAUAACGUUCUUGACCAAGAGCUGAUGGCGGAAACAAAGAGUGGAAGUUGUACUCAUAAUACUCGUGAAAACACUAAGAGCAAGCGAAUUCAUCAAAAAACAGGGUCCUCUUCAGGGUGCAUCUUCACAUGUCAAACGUGUGAGAAGAGGGUAAAGAAGAGUCGAGGUAGGCCACCAAAGGAGAGAAUGAGAGUAAUUCCGGAUGGAAGUGUUCAUUGGAUUUGUUGGACUUGUGAAGAGAGCUUCUGCGGUGUUGAGAGUUCACAUGGUCCUGGUGGCCAUGCAUUUGAACAUGGGCAGAGAGAUAAUCAUUCAUUUGCCGUCCGAUUAGAUAAGCCAAAUGAAUUGUAUUGUUUUGUGUGUGAUAAAUAUCGACUGGUUACAACAGAGGCAGAGAAGAGCGCAAAGGUGGAAUCAGCAAAGGAUGACAUUGAAGACCCAAUACCUCAAAACUGCAAUCACUAUGAUCGUAGAAGAACCGAGGUGAAGCAAACUCUUCAAGGAAUCAAGGCCUCUUUUAGCAGGUAUUUCGUUUGUGAAAAAUGUAAGAAGAGGGGUCCUGGUAGGCCGUCAAAGAAGAAAAAUGAAACAAUCUCGGAACCAACCUUCGAUUGGGCUUGUUUGGACUGUGAACAAAAUUUCUGUGGAGGUGAGACUUCUCUCGGUGGUCCCAUGGGACAUAUACUUGUCCAUACACUGAGCAACGAUCAUAUAUUUUGCGCCCGGUUAGAUAAGCUGAGUCAGGUAUGGUGCUUAAAAUGUCAUAUACUUCUACCUUUAGGUAAGAGGAUGAAACCGUGUAGAGUUAAAGGGUUACCUAACUAUGGGAACACUUGCUACUUCAACUCAGCAUUGCAGAACCUUUUUGCCAUUAAUAGACUGAGACAGUGUCUUGCAAACUUGGAGAUGCCAACUGGCCAUGUUACCGGAGCAUUAAAGAAGCUUCUUACUGAAACAUACGAGGAUUCUAAAGAGAGCAUACGACCUUCAGAGCUCCUUGAUUUUGUGCAGAAGGAUGAGAGAUUUGUCGAAGGUGAGCAGCAUGACAGUCAUGAAUUACUCCUAUAUUUGCUUGAGGAGUUGGAGUCAGAGGGAAUGAGUUUCGUGGAUGAGAUAUUUAGAGGGGAAUUCUCUAGUAUUCUGCAUUGUGAGCGAUGUGGAGACACUUCAACAACACAUGAUCCACUUCGUGAUCUUUCUCUGCAGGUGCCUUUUAAGAUACCUCCAAAGGAAAGGAAUGAAAUUAGUCCACUUAAGAGUAAUGUGCCUCCUGCAGCAAAAGAUGAUGGAAAGCAGGACACAGGGAUCGUAGAGCAAUCUGUGACAGAAGGUUUCACAUCUAAGCUUAAAUCGGAUGAGGGAAAACAGGACAGAGGGGUUGCAGGGCAGUCUGCGAGAAAAGAACUAGUGCCUAAGCUCGAAUCAGAUGAAGUGUAUAAUCCUCUUCCAUUACAGACAAUAGACCCAAUGGCUGAAGCAGCAUUUGGUGAUCCAGUCUUGAAUGAUACCCUUGCAAUUAUCAAAAGAAAAACCGUUCAACAAAGACACCGCCAACAAAGGAAAAAUCAACUCUCAUCAAAGCGCAAGUCAUAUGCCAAGGUAAAGAAAGAAGGCUCAAGCAAGCCUGCAAUCACUGAUGAUGUAAAUGCGCUUAACUACGAUGAGGUUUGUGAGGUUGACGACACAAAUGGUCCUCUGUCAGUUGAGAGGUGCGUGGCCUUAUUCACAGAACCCGAGGAUAUGUGUGACAACCACUGCAUAAAUUGUUCACCGACUCUUCAACACCAGAAGUCAUCAGAAGCAUCUGAGUUUCAAGGGGAUGGAGUUAUAUCUGAAAGUAAGAAGACUCCAGGUUGGCCUAGCAAUACUGGUGGUCACCAGGAUGUAGCUGGUUCCUCUGAAAGUUUACCAGGAAACUCCGGGAAGGAACAACUAAGCGAGGAUGUGGAUAUGGAAUCCAAAUCCAAGGAGGCCAAGAGGAAAAUCAAAAGGCUUCUUGUCAAGAGGGCCCCAUUUGUUCUAAUCAUUCAGCUGAAGAGAUUCACACAAAUGGAACCUGGAAGCUUCAAGAAAAUAGAAGGGCACAUCAUCUUUAAUGAAAUGCUUGAUUUAACGCCAUAUAUGGAUUCUAGGUUUGUGGGGGACGAGAGGUAUCUUUAUCAGCUCGUAGGAAUUGUAGAGCACUUGGGAGUCAACAUUACGCAUGGUCAUUAUGUUGCAUAUGUAAGAGGAGAGCAAAGCCAAGGUGGUCAAUGCCCCUGGUUUAAGGCUGAUGAUUUUGAAAUAGAGGAGGUCUCAUUGCAACAGGUCCUUGAAAGAAACGCCUAUCUUUUGUUUUACGAAAGAACAUAAUGCCUGAGAUAAUGGCCGUCACCAUGUGAAGGACAAGCAGAUGAUGUUAUCAGACGGUGACAAAUUUUAAUUUGAAGUAACAGCUGGUAUUAACGACAUUAUUUUAUACGCUAUUAGAUGUAAUUAAGGGAUAAGCCUUGGCUAGCAAGGUUUAUCAUUGCAUUUGAUUGCAAAUCCUUUCUUUUGAGCCUAUAAUUUGGUCUCACGUGUACUUCAUUUCCUCCCUACUCUCUUUUGAACAUAAAUUUGUAGGUUGUAACUCAAAUAUGCCAUGUUCAGGUAACUUGUGCGUUUGUAAAUUUGUGUGUGUGUUUUUUUUUUUUUUACUUU